AUGGCGGUUGAAGCGGAUGGGUAUGCAACGAUUUUGUCAAAUAAUGAUCAUUACAUAAAUCAGACUGCAUCAACUUCUUCGAAUUUAACUGAUGAUGAAAAGUCUACAACUACUAUAAUUGUUAUACAUUGUCAUCCAUCGCAUAAUGUCGUUUCAUCUAUGGAAAAUUCAGAAGACCAAAGUUGGUUAGAUGCGGGUCCAUCAGCGACGAUCGAGGGCAGUUGUCCUGUUUUACCUUCGUCUUCAAGAAAGCAGACGAAUUCCUUGAUGUGCGAUGGUGAUUUGGUGAAAAUUUUCGAUGAUAUUUCAAGAAAUUUACGUUUUGAAGGAAAAAACAACAAAGCCAAUUUACUUGGUCGAAUUUUUGGUAUUGUAUUAAAUAUUAUGCGAAUUGCAUCGACAAAAGUUUUUUUAAGAGAAGACCCAGACAUAGGAGAAUUAAUAGUUGAACAAGUUCGAAAUUUGGUUGAUACUGAUCGAAGCAGUAUGGAAAGUUUGAUUUUAUGCGCUGAUAUCGUCAUUCCUCUUGUACAAUCAGUUUUUCAUGUUGGUUCAUCAGAAAGUCAUAUUUUGGCCAAUAUAUAUUUAAUGAGUAGUAAACUUGUUUAA